AUGGCCAUGCGAAGACAUCUCUUAUGGGGCUCAUGCUUCUCAUCUUAUGGGGAUCAUGCUUCUCAUCAUGCUUCAUCAUCAUCUUCUUCCCAUAGAGACGAGUUUCACCUACCGACGCAUCACUCCCUCCAUCCUUUUGCAUGCACUAGGUUUCACCUAUUCAGGCACCAAAGGUACCCACCUUCGAUAGAUGAUGCUUCUGAGCCAGUGCCACCUCUGGCUACUGAUGUUGUUGAGCCAGUGCCACCUCCGUAUGAUGAGGUUGUUGAGGAUGAUGAGUCAGAGCCACCUCAUGCAUUAAGAGACCGUGAUUCGCUGAAAUUUAUUAACCACAUGCGGAAGAUUACUGGCUUAUCUCAGUCGAAUAAGGAUUGGUUUCAGGCAGCUUUGUCCUUAUUUGGGAUGAAAGACUUGUGCAUGACUGGUUAUAUUACAGUCAACCACCGGAUGCUUAAUGCAUUUGUGGAGAGAUGGCACAUCGAAACCUCGUCAUUUCAUAUCCUGCUUGGUGAGACGUCUAUCACACCCGACGAUGUGUCGUGUUUGCCGCAUCUUCUAAUCAGGGGGAAACUUCUAGAUCAUGGGAGGAUUAGCAAAGGCGAGGCACUGUAUUUUAUGGUUGACUAUUUGGGAGUUGACCCAGAGACUGCAUUGAUGAAUAUGGAGAGAACUAGAGGGGCUCAUGCUAGGUUUGAAUUCCUAAAAAUGGCUGCUCUAGGAGAUCAAUCGAUACCAGCUCAUCAGGAGAUACCAGAGGAGGAUCAUGCACAAUUAGAUCAUGUUGAGGAUGCCUUGUCUAAAUGUCAUCGCAUAGUGGAGAUUACAUAG